AUGACCAGCCUGAAGGAAAUCUGUCGUGGCCUUCCUCUAAACCCUUUGCCUGAAAACAGAGGUCGGAGGAAAGGAAUACCCCAUGCACCUGUGAGAACCCCUAAUCUCACUGCUCAGGAGAAAAAGCUUGCUUUGCGUAACGCCUUGCGUUAUUUCCCACCUGAAAUACAAAAGAAGUUGGUGCUGGAAUUUGCUGAAGAACUCAGGCUCUAUGGACAUAUCUACAUGUACAGAUUCUUUCCAGAUAUUGAGAUGAGAGCGUACCCCAUCAAAGACUAUCCUUGCAAGACCAAGUCAGCUGCUGCCAUUAUGCUGAUGAUCAUGAAUAAUCUGGAUCCCUCAGUGGCUCAGUUUCCCCAGGAGCUUGUCACUUACGGAGGAAAUGGGCAGGUCUUCAGCAACUGGGCACAGUUCUGGUUGGUAAUGCACUAUUUGUCAGAAAUGACUGAAGAGCAAACAUUAGUAAUGUACAGUGGACAUCCUCUGGGACUCUUUCCCAGCCAUCGAUACGCUCCUCGGUUAAUCAUUACUAAUGGCAUGGUUAUUCCCAACUAUUCUACCAGAGAUGAAUAUGAGAAGAUGUUUGCUUUGGGAGUAACAAUGUAUGGCCAGAUGACUGCAGGAAGCUACUGCUACAUUGGACCUCAGGGAAUAGUCCAUGGGACUGUGCUCACAGUGCUGAAUGCAGGCCGUCGCUACUUGAAGGCAGAAGACCUAUCCGGAAAGGUGUUUGUUACUUCUGGUCUUGGAGGGAUGAGUGGGGCUCAAGCAAAGGCUGCAGUCAUUGCUGGGUGUGUGGGGAUCAUUGCAGAGGUUGAUGAAGCAGCGCUUUUGAAACGUUACAAGCAGGGCUGGCUCAUGGAAAUCUCUAACAACCUGGACCAUUGCAUUGCUCGUCUUAGGGAUGCAAGAAAGAAUAAAAUUGCCCUUAGUUUGGGUUACCAUGGGAAUGUAGUAGAUCUGUGGGAGAGGCUAGUGUAUGAGCUGGACACAACAGGAGAGCUGCUAGUUGAUCUGGGGUCUGACCAAACUUCAUGUCAUAACCCAUUCAGUGGGGGAUAUUAUCCAGUCCAGCUUGGCUUUGAGGAAGCAAAGCAGCUCCUGUCCACCAAUCCAGGGAAGUUCCGGACCAUGGUACAAGAGAGUCUGAGGAGACACGUGGCUGCUAUUAACAGACUAGCUGAUAAGGGCAUGUUUUUUUGGGAUUAUGGCAAUGCAUUUCUCUUGGAAGCUCAAAGGGCUGGUGCUGAUGUUGAGAAAAAAGGAGCCAAUAAAACAGAAUUCAGAUAUCCUUCCUACGUUCAGCACAUCAUGGGGGACAUUUUUUCCCUGGGAUUUGGGCCAUUCCGCUGGGUUUGUACCUCAGGUGACCCACAGGAUCUUGCUACCACUGACUCAAUUGCGAUGUCUGUGUUGGAGGACUCCAUUCGUCAGGGAGUGAGCACAUCUGUGAAGCAGCAGUACCAUGACAACAUCCGCUGGAUUCGGGAAGCUGGCAGGCACAGCUUGGUUGUUGGCUCUCAAGCUAGAAUCUUAUAUUCUGAUCAGAGGGGUCGUGUGUCUAUAGCCGUGGCUAUUAAUCGAGCGAUUUCUGAAGGAAGGAUUAAGGCUCCGGUAGUCCUCAGCCGAGAUCACCAUGAUGUGAGCGCGACUGACAGUCCUUACAGAGAAACGUCAAACAUUUAUGAUGGAUCCGCCUUUUGUGCAGACAUGGCAGUACAAAACUUCGUAGGAGAUGCGUUCAGAGGAGCAACCUGGGUUGCCUUGCACAAUGGUGGUGGAGUUGGCUGGGGUGAAGUGAUCAAUGGGGGAUUCGGCUUGGUUUUGGAUGGGUCCACAGAGGCUGAAGAACGAGCUAAGAUGAUGCUCAGCUGGGAUGUUUCCAAUGGAGUUGCAAGACGCUGCUGGUCAGGUAAUGACUACGCUUAUGAAACAAUCUGCCAAGCAAUGAAAGAGAAUGUCACAUUGAAAGUGACUCUUCCUCAAAAGGUGGUAGAUGAAGACAUCUUAGAGCAAGCCCUGCAAAGUUAGUGGUAUUCCAAGUGCAAUGUUGUCCUGGCAGAAAUAUUUGAAGCUGCUUCCUUGGUAUCCUGCCUGUGCGAUUGAUAAAAACCUUGCAACUGUCUCUUCCUUG